AUGAGCGAAGCGCUCAGCAGUGAGGCGGGCGCGGAUAGCGCUCACCUGCCGCCGUUUUCUACAUUCGGCGAGAUGGCAGACAACGAACAACGCAUACUCACGGCCGAUGGCCGCCUCCUCGAUCCCGGCUGGGAGUACUACGAGCGGACAGGCGACACUGUCUCCGUUAUAGCGAGCCAACCACAAUAUAGACCUUGGGAGUCGAUGCCACUAACCGUCAACUCAAAAGACGCUAUCCUAAGAGCUGGAUUCUCCGCGUCACUCGACUACCAACCGGUCACAUUGCAGCCGAUACCCAAUAAGCUGCCGUCCUUCCAAAGCCAAUUCCAAACAUUUCCAGAAACAACUGUGAUCCCUGAAACGGGUUUGCCAAGCGUAACCCCAGUACCAGUUACAGCCAGUCCGACGCCCAGCGCGAGUCCUAGUCAGUUAACCCAACUCACGCAACUAACGACGCCGGCGUCACCAGCCCAUCUGACAACGUUGGCUCAAGUAACGCCUUUGUCAACAACACUCACAACUUUAUCACCUGUCAACGCAACCACAUUCCAUACUCUAACCGCUGUAAAUGCUAGAACUUAUCCAAUCGUUCCCGCGCCACUACAAGCGAGGGAACUAGCACCAGCCGGUCAGACGUACAUCGAUGAUAGACAUAUACAACUCUACCAGCCAAAUAUCGCUACAAUAAACGCUUUUCCAACGCAAAAUGGUAUUUUACACCAAAACGGUACAAUUAUUCAUCAAAACGGAAGUUUAUUACAAAAUAUACAAAGUCCAACCGUUGUGCACGUGUUGAAAAAUGAACCGUUUGAUGUUAAAGCUCUACAAGAUAAGUAUACUCCUAAUGGGCUACAUCAUAGCAAUUUCCAGAAUCCAAUGUUAAUAGAUAAUGGAUAUGAAAAGAAAAAUGGUUUCGGCAGUGGGUCUUCGCCGACGAGAUCCGACUUUAGGAAGAAAGAACGACGGAAAAUGCGUGCAAAUAGUUCUGAGUCAGAUGGGUCAAAUAUGGAAGUAGGUUCGGAAAGUAGUGGGCAAGUAGCGGCGAUAUCAUCAACUGCAGGGUUCAAAUCGCCAAUGCACGGAGCACCACCCAUGACAACCGGCCCCAUGGAACUCGACGACAUAUCCAGUGAAAAACAGACUAAAAAGAAGAGGAAGAGGUGCGGAGAGUGCAUAGGCUGCCAACGCAAGGAUAACUGCGGCGACUGUGCACCCUGUCGCAACGACAAGUCGCAUCAGAUAUGUAAACAGCGGAGAUGCGAGAAAUUGACCGAGAAAAAGUAUAUACGCACCUAA